AUGUUUCCUUUACCUUUUUCUCAGGACCUCUUCCAACAACCCACGCUUCCAGCUUCCACUGCAAACUAUGCACAGCUUGUUCACGAUUCAACCACUCAACUACAACAAUCCCUUGAAUGCAUCGUGUCAGCUUUGAAUCGACGCUCCAUGGCAUUGUCAAAAUGCGCCAAGUUUGAUGCUGCUCUUCGCGAUGCGAACGCCAUGCAACAGCUGUCGCCUUCUUCAGCACUUGGAUAUUUACGUGCAGCCGAAGUUUACAGUGCACAAGGGAUACAACGCCGUGUUGUGGAUAUAUGCAACAAUGGACUCCGUAUGGCCAACACUAAGGAUACGCACUAUGCAACACUGCAACAAGCCAAAGAGGAUGCUAUGCACCAAAGCAAUAAACGCGUCGACUUUGUCACUCAACUUCCUUUCGACAUCGUUGCUACAGUGCUCUUGCCAAUGUUCAUCGAUCGUAAUCCCUUGAAUCAAUCUAUACCAUUACGAUAUUUGUGCGUGUCCGAUAACUGGUAUGAUCGUAUUAUUCAGUAUCUCGAUGGUCUACGCUUUACAUCCGAAUUGGAAUACAAGAAUAAUAACGCGGCAUGGUGUUCAUUAGUGCAAGUGUUUGCCCAGGAUGUACGAUCAUUGGUGAUUAGCCAAUACUCACAUGGGACGUGGCUAAGCGACUUGCUACGCGACAAUGACCUUUGCUCAUUACGGGAGUUACGUAUCCAUGGCUUUGCAAAUCACCAAAUCGCCCCCUUUGUCUCAUCACUAAAGUCGAUCAGCACCACUUUAACCGAUCUCCUUCUCAGCAUGCAACAUGAUUAUGUCUUACCGAUGGCCGACAUUUUGAUGGCUUGUCCCAACCUUGUUUCUUUGACAAUGAAACAACCCUCAAAUGUCGACCUCAGCGCUCUGCCUAUGACAACAACGUGGUCCAAGAUGACAACACUAUCUGUAUCCGACGCAACAGACGACAUUACCACCGAUCAUGUGGUGGAGAUUUGGAAACGACUUCCCUCACUCAAGGAACUUUCAUUACAUCCAUGUUCAGAUAUUCAAUCAGCAUUCGUUGUAUCAGACUAUUGCGCAUCAAUGAGGAAGAUUGGACUCUACAUGAGCAGUAGGCAUACUAAGCUUACCUAUUUGGAUCAAGGGCAUCAAUUCAAAGGGCAUGGAAUUACCGAUCUUUCAUUCCAUGGCGGUUCACCCACUAGUAUCAGCUACCACGACAUCUGUAAUUUACUAAUGCGAUAUUGCCGAACGUUGGAUUUUCUUGAAUGGGGAAUGGAUCUUCAUAUCCAAAAUGACGACAUUUACAGUAUCUGUUACCCUCAGCUGAAGAAGCUUGUUAUCUCUUGCAUUGGAUGUGGAUGGUGGUUACCAGCGAGCGCGCCUCUGCUAGAAGAAUUCGACAUCUCGUCCCACGCCAUCGAGACAACUGAUAAAGUACUUGAAACGAUUCCGCCCAAGCUACAAAAGCUAACGAUGGGAAUUGAUACAUUAUCGCUACAUGACAAGACACCCAUCACCCAAUACCUCAGUCGUAUUGCUCAACAUUGCCAUUUGACGCAUUUUACCGUAUACUUACAUAGCGAUGACCUCGUGAGGGAGAUACUUGAUGCGAUUUGCCGUUUGAACCAGCUUGAGCAUUUGGCGAUCCUUUAUACAGACCAUUGGGAAGAGGAUGAAAUGGAAGAGUUUUUCGACCAGCUUGUGAAAGGAUGUCCGCGUUUGACCAGACUUGAGCUUAAAGCAGAUGCCCCACCAUCGCUGUAUUCCAUGAACGCCUUGAAACAACUGAAGCAGCUUAAGGAAUUUACCUUCUCGAUCGGUUGGUGCGAUAACGGUCCACCCUUUUUGGAUACUGUUCAAGCAUUGUCACAAGUUAAACGUAUGCGGAUCUACCCAAGGAUUGCAGAGGAUAUGCAAACAAUAAGUCAUCUAAGACAACAAAGGCCUGACAUGAAGAUCAUCCUCGACGAAAGAUUUAGGCAAUUCUGA